AUGAAACUCGGAAAAUUGGAAAUUAGAAUAAAGUCCCAUUGUUUUGCUGGUUUAUUCCUCAUAAUUUUGCUCACUGUUGCUCUGCUUCGAACAGAUCAAAACGACGUCAUUUUAGAAGAACAAGACUCUCGGGUAGAAGAAAAGCGGAUUGCGAGAAACGUAGAGCGAAAAACGGGAGUUUCGAGUGAUGAUUCUGUUUCUAGGUGCAACUUGUUUUCGGGGAGAUGGGUUUUUGAUGAUGUGGCGUACCCUUUAUACGACGAGAAAAAAUGUUCGUUCAUGACGAAUGAGUUUGCAUGCGAGAAGUAUGGCAGAAAAGAACUCAAAUAUCAAAACUGGAGAUGGCAGCCUCAUCAAUGUGAUCUUCCUAGGUUCAAUGGCUCGGCGUUUAUGGAGAAAAUAAGAGGGAAAAGGGUCGUAUUUGUAGGAGAUUCUUUGAAUAGGAAUCAAUGGAUAUCGAUGCUUUGUCUGAUCGAGUCGUCUCUUCGUAAAUCCUCGCCUAAAGACGUGGUCCAAAACGACAAUUUGCUUGUCUUUCAGGCAAUUGUAAGACAAUUUAUUUUUGUUAAUAUUUUCAAAUCGAAUGGCGAUAGUCCAGUAUUCCAUCGGGUCAAAGAUCGUGUAAUUAGAAUCAAAUCUAUCGAAAAACAUGCUAGGCAUUGGACUGAUGCAGAUAUACUCAUCUUUAAUUCCUUUACAUGGUGGCUUCAACCAAACAUGACUAUCUUCGGUGAAAGUUGGAACGGAGAAAAUUGCUACAACGUAACAGAGCCAAUAUCGAAACAGGACUAUUGGGGGAUUGAAACGGAUGCUGAUAUGAUGCACAUUGCGGAAUCGACUAUUCGAAAAUUGGAGAAACAAGGCCUAAAAGUCGAAUAUUUGAAUAUAACGCAUUUAUCGGAUUAUAGAAAAGACGCUCAUCCAUCAAUCUAUAAGGAAUUUUUGCCUCCUCCAAACGAAGAGCAAUUAUCGAAUCCGAAAAGCUAUUCCGAUUGUGUUCAUUGGUGUCUUCCUGGAGUGCCAGAUGUUUGGAAUCAAAUUAUUUACGACUACAUUAUCAAGUCCUAAUAGUUUAAAUCGAGCUACAAUCCGAAGAAUAAUUUCGGUUUU